GUGCGCAUGCGUGUGCUAAAUAGCUAUACGAAAUUUUUACUUCUUUCACUUCCAAAAACCGUGAGUAGUGGCAGUUGAUAGUGAUGCUCAAAUAGUAAAAUUUAGUUGUGUUUUAGUGGCAGUGAUAUUAUUAUUAGGAAAGUGCAGUGAAUCAUGUCGCCCAAGUGUCCAGUACCGCCGUUGCAGGAGAUCACGUUAUCGUUGGUAGCGAGACAGCUUAUACAUACCUUGACGCGGGUGUCUUCCGAAGAAGAUGUGGGGCUACCGUUCGCAAUGGUCACCUCCUACUACGAGAGCAUGGGCGCUACGAGUGACAUUUUCCAAGAUCUCAUUAAUUUAAUACUAAGCUCAGAGUACCUGGAUCCGUCUAUUAGAUAUUACUCCAUGCGAUUGCUACUCAAAGAAAACGUGAAGAGCCUAGCGACGGGAAUUUUCCCCUGCCCUUAUUAUAGAAAAGUGCUAGAACUCAUUAUAGACCAAGGACGACAUUUAACCUCGCUCAAUUUAAAAGGAGUGUGGGUCAAAGAUGAACAUUUGACGCUUAUGUAUCAUUUAAUCAAGAAUUUACCUAAUUUGACUGUACUAAAUAUACCUUAUAUAGCCAACGAUGAAGUACUGAAGUAUAUCGGUGAAUGUAACAAAGUUUUGAAGCUUUUAGAUGUAUCUGGGGAAACAGAUAUUACGGAGAUCGGUAUUGAUGCUAUGCUGCAAGGUAAUCCCCAGCUUACGCAAAGCUUGACCGUCGUAAACAUUGGUAUGUACGGUGAAGAGAACAUUGAUCACACAGAUGUAGCAUUACUGAUACGUCAGUUACCCAACCUCACCAACCUCGGUAGUUAUUCGUUCGUCGGUAAAUCUAUAUACCAUAUUUACAAUACUGAUUGCCCACCAGAUUUCAAAACAAAAUUACAAUAUUUACACGAUGUUCAAACGAAUGUCCGUAUGAUGAAAGCGAUACUCGCGCUGUGUCCGAUGUUAGAAACUAUUUACUUAGAGGAACCUGACCAGGGCGUUCUCCAACAAGUUAAAGAAUUAAGUAAUGUAAAUAAAAUCAAAUUGAAUAAAUUCCAAUGUCACGAAUUGCAUCAAUUACUGGAUAAAAUAGGAUAUAAAAUUGUAACUCUUAUGCUUUCUGCAUCUCAAGGGUCCUUCAACUUUACUAGAAUAGCAGAGACGUGUAGAAAUUUGGAGAGCAUAGAGUUCUAUCAGAUACAAACUGCGACACACGAGGAGGAGAUACCGUUUAAUAAAUUGGAACACAUUGAGAUUAUACAUGGAAACUUGUCACCUUCAUGUCUCAAGUACUUGAUGACGGGCAGCCCAAGUCUCAAAAAAUUAAUCAUCGGGGAUGAAAUCAAGCUCGAUGACAACGACAUUUCAAGGAUGGUCCGCCGAUAUAAGUUCGAGAAUCUUGAAGGCAUUUGGUUUCCUAAUGCUCCCCGAUUGACGCGAGACACUGUGGAACUUCUGAUGGAGUGCUGCCCCAAGCUUCAGAGCCUAGGUCAACUAAGUGGCUGGCGGUUUACGCCAGACGACAUGAUGCUUAUGAGGGCCAUUAUAGCGAGUACAAAUAUAGACUUGGUACUAUCCCCACUUGGUAUAUUCCAACAGGGCAAUUAGGGCCUGCGUCGAUUAAGUAAUUGACAACGUACGAUCGCUUCAAAUACUUAUAAUUAUGUAGCAAAAUUAUACGUGUUGAGCCAAAUGAAUACAACUCGCACAAACAAGUCUUUUGGGGAAAUACAGGCACAGAAGAAUUAUAUGAUACACAUUCAAAGGGCAUUCAUUUAUUUUAUAUACAAACUACCUUUUUAGGUAUUUUGUCGGUUAAUAUUAUAAGGAAUCAAG